GCAGAUAAGGUUUCUCUCUUCCUUCUCUUCUUCUUCUUCUUCUUCUUCUUCUUCUUCUCUGCCGCUUUCUGUAGGAAAGACUAAAUCUUGUGGCUCACACAGAGGAGAAGAGUACAAAGUAGAAUUUGCGCCUGUGCUCUCUCUCUCUCAGUUUCUUUCACAUUUUAAACCCUAUCGGAAUCCCAGAAAAUUCGAUUGCUGAAAUUCGAAUUUAGUUACCAAUGACUAUAACACUUCAGGCAUCUCUCCUUCACCGGCCGUUAAUCCCUCAGCUAAACCCCUUUUCCCUCUCCGUAAAACCCCUUCUCUCCAGCUCCCACCGUCAAAUUUCGGUUCAUAGAAGAAUAAAGGACAGGAUUAGCGAUCCGGUUUCUCUGAAAUGCAGAUUUUUACGGCACAGGCUAGUUGUUUCCUGUACAUUGAAUUCUGAAAACGUAAAUUCCGCCGUUGAAUCGGUCAAUAGCAGUGAUAAUUCUAGCGAAUUAAAGGAGUCCACUAAUGGGGUUAUCUCGAAUGAAAGCGUGGAUGUACGAGAGGUGGAAGGUGAUGUGAAGAAGAGGCUGCCGAUAAUGGUAUUUCUGAUUGGAGUUUUUGCUAGGUUGAAAAAUGGGAUUGAGAGAAUAUUCUAUUCAGAUUGGUUCAGUUGGUGGCCGUUUUGGAGGCAGGAGAAGCUGUUGGAGCGGUUGAUUGACGAGGCUGACGCGAAUCCAUUGGAUGCUGCUAAGCAAAGCCUUCUUUUCGCAGAGCUCAAUAAACACAGUCCCGAGUCUGUCAUCCAGCGUUUUGAACAGAGGGCACACGCUGUAGACAGUAGAGGAGUAGCUGAAUAUCUUCGAGCAUUAGUGUCGACUAAUGCAAUUGCUGAAUAUUUGCCCGAUGAGCAAUCCGGAAAACCUUCUAGUCUUCCUUCUCUGUUGCAAGAGUUAAAACAACGGGCUUCGGGGAACAUGGAAGAGCCUUUUGUGAACCCCGGCAUAUCUGAUAAACGACCAUUACAUGUUGUGAUGGUGGACACCAAAGUGGCAAAUAGAUCAUCCCGUUUGGCUCAAGAAAUCAUUUCAACUAUCAUUUUCACCGUUGCUGUCGGAUUGGUUUGGUUAAUGGGUGCUGCUGCUCUUCAGAAGUAUAUUGGUGGCUUAGGUGGGAUAGGAACACCUGGUGUUGGUUCGAGUUCUUCAUAUGCCCCAAAAGAGUUAAAUAAAGAAAUAAUGCCUGAGAAGAACGUAAAGACAUUUAAAGAUGUUAGAGGCUGUGAUGAUGCUAAACAAGAGCUUGAAGAGGUUGUUGAGUAUCUCAGAAAUCCUUCCAAGUUCACUCGAUUAGGAGGGAAAUUACCUAAGGGAAUUCUUCUAACUGGAUCGCCUGGAACAGGAAAAACUCUGCUUGCCAAGGCGAUUGCUGGAGAGGCUGGCGUACCUUUCUUUUAUAAAGCAGGAUCUGAAUUUGAGGAAAUGUUUGUCGGUGUUGGUGCCCGACGAGUGAGAUCUUUAUUUCAAGUAGCUAAAAAGAAGGCUCCAUGUAUCAUAUUUAUUGAUGAGAUUGAUGCCGUUGGGUCAACUCGGAAGCAGUGGGAAGGUCAUACAAAGAAAACACUCCAUCAAUUACUCGUCGAAAUGGAUGGUUUUGAACAGAAUGAGGGAAUUAUUUUGAUGGCAGCAACCAACUUGCCUGAUAUACUUGAUCCAGCUUUGACAAGACCUGGUAGAUUUGACAGGCAUAUCGUUGUUCCAAAUCCAGAUGUGCGGGGUCGCCAAGAGAUACUGGACCUCUAUCUACAAGACAAACCUUUGGCAGAUGAUGUCGACGUAAAAGCAAUUGCGCGUGGUACUCCAGGAUUCAAUGGAGCAGAUCUUGCAAAUUUGGUAAACAUUGCUGCCAUUAAGGCAGCUGUUGACGGUGCUGAGAAGUUGAAUGCAUCACAGUUAGAGUACGCCAUAGACAGGAUACUGAUGGGAACAGAAAGAAAGACCAUGUUUCUGUCUGACGAGUCGAAGAAGCUGACUGCUUAUCAUGAGAGCGGGCAUGCUAUUGUGGCAUUGACCACAGAUGGUGCACAUCCAGUACACAAGGCUACGAUAAUGCCACGUGGAUCUGCACUGGGCAUGGUUACACAGCUUCCUUCGAGCGACGAGACUUCAAUAAGCAAGAAGCAAUUGUUGGCAAGGCUUGAUGUUUGUAUGGGCGGCAGAGUGGCGGAAGAGCUUAUAUUCGGUGAGGACUAUGUUACUACUGGUGCAAGCAGUGAUCUCAAUACAGCUACAGAGCUGGCUCAAUAUAUGGUUUCGAGUUGUGGGAUGAGUGAUGCAAUUGGACCUGUUCAUAUUAAAGAACGACCUGGUUCGGAAAUGCAGUCCCGUGUUGAUGCUGAAGUGGUUAAGCUAUUGAGGGAAGCUUAUAGUCGUGUAAAAGCGCUUUUGAAAAAGCAUGAGAAGGCAUUACAUCUUCUAGCAAACGCACUCCUCGAGUAUGAAACCCUCAAUGCAGAAGAAAUUAGGCGCAUACUCGUUCCUUACAAUGAGGAACGGCUAACCAUAGAACAGGAACAGCAACAGGUAGAGGAGGAGCUCGUAUUGGCUUGAGCUGAGCCACCUUUUCAUUUAUAUUUUUAUCAAAUACAGGAUUGGAUUUGGAGCUGUUGUACAGUAUACUUAGCUUGUCAGCGCAUUUAUUUUUAGCCCAAUUUAAACAUUUCAUAUUUGCUGUUGUAACAUAGCUUACCGGACAAUCCGAAGCAAACAAACCUAAUCAGGCCAUCAAGAUAAUUAAAUCAUAUAGGAAUCCCCUUGUCCCAUGUUUGGGGGAAUAAUUUUUGAGCUCA